AAGGUCAAGCUUCACUACCGGGACGGCGAGUGGCACGCUCGCUUGCUGAUCAGGGAGACGACCGAGGAUAUGAUGCUGCAGCAGACAGGGGAGUUGCCAACAGAGCCUGGGCUGCCCGUGUGGUGGGUAGCCACCCGGGACGGAGACGUUUACCCGGAGCAGGUGGGCGAGGGCGCCUCGCUUGACACGCGGAGCUACCACGCCAAUGGUGCCCUCGUCCCGCGGGCCGCGAGGCCCGGCUUCAGGGCGGGCGAUCCCUUCUUCGACUUCGAGCCGGGCACCAGCCUCGCGGAGUUGUACGUGGCCACCCUCGCCGCCGCUGAGGCCGUGGAGGGCGUGGCCCCGGCGGGGGCCUUGGCGCUGCCGGGGGCCGCGCCCCCUGGGCCCCCCGGAGGCGGGGCGCCCGCGGCCGAGCCGCCGGCCCCCGAGGCCGCGGCUGCGCCGGUCGCCGUCGACGACGAGGGCGACCUUCGGGUGCUGCCCGUCAAGUGGCGGGGGGACAAGCGCUACCGGCCCUUCAGCGAGGCGGUCGACAGCAUGGAGCACGUGGAGUUCAACGACUGCGAGCUGGAGGGUGACCCGAGCGCGGAGUGGUACCUGCACAAGAUGGUCCAGACUGGCCUGGCCCCGGUUGCUCGUUCGCGGGCGUGGGCCAGCGAGAGUGGCAUUCCAGCCGGGGAUCGCUCGGUUCACGAGCAUCACGUGAUCAUGAAGGUGGUGCAGACGGCUGCGGAGAGAGACCAGCUGAAUCUCAUGUGCCUCGAGAGUGAUCGCGAGUCCGCCCAUGCCAACAGCCCGGCGAAUGCGGACUACACCCACGCCGACGACAUGAUGGGCUGGGGGGUCACGAAGGGCGGCGCGCUGGUGGUUCCGGCUCUCACGCGCCACGUGGCUUCCCGCGCCGCCGAGCGCAGUUCGAUCCUCAAGGGGCAGCGCAAGCACGCGGAAGAGAUGCGCCUCUCGCGGGGCAGGAAGCCGCCCAAGGGGGCCGGCAAGGGCGGUGAGGGCACCCCCGGCGCCGACGGCGCCGGGGCGGCGAAAUGA